AUGACUGCGCUGUUCAAGGACGACCGAAAAGCCGUUCACGCGCUUCAUGAUCCCCCACUCUCCAACCGAGACGCGUCAGGAACUGCUGGUACAUGGUCGCAGCAACCCACUCGAAUUCAGAAGCCUGCGAAUCCAAAGCCCAUCCGCACUACCAAUCCCUUGUCUGGGCGCCUGGGCGACAACCUGCACGGUCCGAAGGUACCGCAGCCCAGGAAGAGUGGCAACCCUGUAGCGACGACUACUUUUACCAAUUAUGCUUCCUCACACCCGCCUGCAAAGAAACCACGACUGAGCGGACCAGAUGGCCGCAAGAAAGCAACGCCUUCUACCCUAAACAUACGACACCGAAAGAGCACUUCUAGCGAUCCCACAAUCUUGGGUUCGGCUCAUGAAGGAGGCGAUGAACAUCGGUCCCAUUACUGGGGGGACACACCACAUACUAUAGAAGACGGAGCUGCGACGAAAGACUUGCGAGAGCGGCUGUCCGCUCGUCCGCCACUGGCCCCAGAAAAGAAUUCCAUGCAGCAGCCUGUUGAUCUAACCUACUCAGACGACGACGACAUAGAAGAGGCCUCGUCGUCGCCUGAUAAAUCCAAGGAUCAUUUUCACAAGGGAACGGUCCAAGCCAGGAUACAGCAAUUUGAGGGCAGGACACCCUUGCAACUGGAGACCCACAACUCACAGCCCAAACGAAAGAAAGUCGACCAAUCGUCUCCAAACACUCACCCGAUGCUGAACCUGGCCGAAGUACGCAGGCCUGCAGGCGUGAAAAACGCAAUGAAGCCCAAGAGCGGACGGACCAUCGAUAUUGCUCUGUCCAAAACUGCUCCUGUGAAGAUCCCUGCCCCUCCUCAGUACAAGCAGAGACCCUUCCUUCCUAUCACAUCUUGGUACAUGGGUGGCCAACUAUUCCAUGCGCCAUACCAUUUGAGCUGGGAGGGAACAAAAUUAACCUUCAAAUCAUCCGACCGACCUACGCCAUCCGCUGUAGGACACAGAGAAGACAUUGCUAUGUCCUCCGACGCGAGGACACUGCAGUACAUGGAACCCGACGACAACUCCGAGAAAAUCUUCGUCUUAGAGCUCUACCCGCCGCUGCAUAAUAGUCGCAAGCGCAUUGGUACCACGAUUCCCUCAGAAUUUUUUGUUCAAGGCGAUGGACGCAGCAAGGGUACAAUCACCGUCAAUCUGGGCAAGGCCCCGCGGGCAGAGUACGAAGCAUUCAUUGCAUGGAUAAAGCCUUUGGUUCAGGACAAAAGCGUUCUGCGCAGUGUCGCCGGUGAUAACGCCUGGAAGGCAGCAGUUAAUUCCGGAGAAGUUCUCAAGACGAAAAAGGCGAAGGGCGAAGCAUCGUCGCGCAGUGUCAAGUCCACUGCAACGUCAGUGCAGGAGGAAUCUGAUGACGAAUUGGCAAUAUGGGAUAACGACACUACGGCAGGGAAGCCCUCAAAACAUCCAGGACAAAAGCAGAAAUUAAGGCAACACCCUUCUAUCAUCGAUCUGGACCCCGACUCUGCUCCACGGACGAGUCGCUCCACUGCUACUCGGAGUCGUAGCCAAUCUGAAGCUCUCUCAGAACCACGUCCGCAACGAAGAUCCACAAGACAGUCUGAGUCUAACGCACAGUCGGCACCCGACCCCAAUACAGACGAAGUCAUUCUUGUUUAUCCUCCCGGUCAAACUGGAGCUGUUAACAUCACAAAUGGCGACAUGGAACGUCUUCGACCCAACGAAUUCCUCAAUGACACUCUCAUCGAGUUCGGUCUAAAACUCUGGUUGCACCAACUUGAAAAAGAGAAUGCAGAAUUAGCACAGCAGAUUCACGUUUUCAGCUCUUUUUUCUACAAGAAAUUGAACAAGCGAAACUUUCAAGAAAGUUACGCCAGUGUUGCCAAAUGGACCUCCAAGUUCGAUCUCUUCGACAAGAAAUACAUCAUUGUUCCCAUCAAUGAAAACCUUCAUUGGUAUCUUGCCAUUAUUUAUCAUCCAGAACAUGUGUUAAAGCCAGAACUGCCACCUCCACCGUCCACUAAAGCAUCACCUUCGACCCGUAGCAGAACACGCAACCAAACUGAAAAGUCGCCUGAGGCAGAUGCUCCAGUUCCUUCAAGUCCACGGCCACCAGAUUCAAAAGCGACGACACUGUCUGGGAAGUCUUCGCCGACAGAAAAUAGGCCUUGCACACCUAUUUCUCCCAGUAGUAAUCAGACCGAAGCGGAAAUUGCGGCAAAUCUAACGACUUGCUCGAUUGAGGAUGACGCUGAAAUGGACCCAUCAGACGCAGCUGACACCAUGUCUGAGCCAAACUCGUUGUUUGAUAGCCCAGAAGAGCCUAUGGAGGUGGAUGGAAUUCCUUCCGUAGUGAUGGAAGUGGACGACCUCGACACCUCGAUCGACCCCAUCAACAUGGCCGCAGCAGACCCGACUCCUGCGCCGCCAACUAACAUUCCUAAACCUUCCGCUUCUCAAUUCUAUUCCUCCAAAGGCAAGCGGAAAGCGACAUCUCCACCGCCACCGACAUCUCCGCGUGUUGAGGUCCGGUUGAACUCGCCAGUUGAUGAUGAGGCUCCAGAUGACGAACCAGAAGUUGUCGUUGGAGAUCAACCUCGUACCUAUAUCUUUACUUUGGACUCACUGGGAACGAAGCAUCCAAGAGUGGGAAAUAUCCUGGGCAGUUAUCUACGACAAGAGGCGUUGGUGAAGAAGAAUAUACCAGAGGAAGGCUCGAGCAAAGCGGCAUACAAACAUGCACUGGUCCCCCACCAACCCAACUUUUGUGAUUGUGGACUCUACCUUAUUCACCUUGCCCAGACUUUCUUUUCCGACCCUGACAAAUAUGCCAACCUAAUGCUCACUAGGAAGGGUUCGUAUGCUGCGGCGGACCGACACGCCGACUGGAAAAUGGAAGGGACCAAAGACAUGCGUGAAAGCUUGAAGUCGAAGAUUGAGGAACUCUCGGUGGAAUGGAAGAGAGAACGCGCGGCCAAGGAGUUGGAGAAGAAGCAACAGGACGCGGAAGUCGUUGCUGAUUCUUCUGACGACGACAUCGACAUUGUGGAAACGGUGCCGGCGAUGAAAUCGAAGCAGAAAUCACCAAGGAAGAAACUGGAUCGUAUGCGGGGCUGA